GUUGAAGGCAACAUCUCCCGGUAAACACUCCACCAGCUCGCACUUUUCAAUCUUAUUUGUGUGGGAGACGCCGCGAUGUGGAUUUAUAAAGUCAUUUUGGGAUUCUUCUUCUUCUUCUUCCUCUUCUUCGCGUCCUGUUCUGGGGGCAGGAGGAAUGCCCUGCAGGACUACCAGAUGACGGAUGCUGUUCGACUGGUCCUCGCGUCUCCGGACUCUUCCCUGCGAACCAAAAGCAGGAAGAUUAGUUUGUCAAGGUGCGCGAAGUCGUGCAGCCGAAACAAAAGACUUCCAUUUCUCUGCAGAGCAUUCCUCUAUGAUAAUGAACACAGGAAAUGCCAGUGGCUCUCUUACGACAAGAACACCCCAAGUGUGGACAGCCAACGGGAUUUGAACUACCAACUCUAUCAGAAGAAAGACUAUGUCAGAGAGUGCAUCGUGGGCACUGGACAAGGCUACAGAGGUCGGAGGUCGGUGACAGUGAGCGGGAUCAUGUGUCAGGCCUGGGCCAACCCCAUUCCUCAUGAACACAAAUUCAUGCACAAGAGAUACAGGAGGAAGGACCUGAGCGAGAAUUACUGUCGGAACCCGGACAACUCCACGGCCGGACCCUGGUGCUUCACCAACGACCCGGCGCUGAGACACCAGGAGUGUGGCAUACCGCAGUGUUCACAAGUUGAGUGCAUGAACUGCAACGGUGAAGAUUACCGAGGACCCAUGGACCACACAGAGAGCGGGAAAGAGUGUCAGCGCUGGGACCUGAGCGAACCGCACAAACACCUGUACCACAGCAACAGAUAUCCCGACAAGGGUCUGGAUGACAACUACUGCAGGAACCCAGAUGGACGGCAUCGACCCUGGUGUUUCACCACAGAUCCAAACACACCCUGGGAGUACUGCAACAUCAAAGUGUGCGAAUCGCCCCGCCAAAGAAACCUGGUGGAGACGACGGAGUGCUACCAGGGCAGGGGAGAGGGCUACAGGGGGACGAUCGACGUGACGCCGGCCGGACUGACGUGCCAGCGCUGGGACUCCCAGUAUCCCCACAACCACACGUUCAGGCCUGAGGCCUACCCCUGCAAAGACCUGAGAGAGAAUUACUGCCGAAAUCCAGAUGGCCAGGAAUUCCCCUGGUGCUUCACGACCGACCCGAGAAUCCGCACAAUGUUGUGUACCAACAUCCCUCAGUGUGGGUCUCAAAACAAGCCCGUCUCUGAGUGUUACAGAGGCUUUGGGGAAAAUUACCAGGGACAGCAGUCGAAGACCAGGUUCAACCUCCCGUGUGCCUCGUGGAGCGAUCACAGCACCAGUGAUGAGAGGGGAGUGCUGGAGGGGAACUACUGCCGAAACCCUGACAAAGACAAGCACGGCCCGUGGUGUUACACCAACAACUCCGCCUUGACCUGGGACUACUGUAACAUCAAACCAUGUGACGCUCCACAGAGCCCCGUUCCACAGGGCGAGAGCCUCAGCUGCUUCAUCCACAAGAGCCCCAGGAUAGUGGGAGGGGGUCCGGUCAACAUCUCCGACGGCAGCUGGAUGGUCAGCAUCCAGAAAGGGUCGAUGCACUGGUGUGGAGGUUCCCUCAUCCGAGAGGAGUGGGUUCUCACCGACAGACAGUGCUUCUCAUCAUGCGUUCCCGACCUCAGCGAGUAUCGAGUGUGGCUGGGAGUCUCCGACAUCAGAGACGGUGCCUCUGACCGCUCCAAGAGACAGGAAGUCAGCAUAGCUCAUAUCAUCUGUGGCCCGGAGGGCUCCAGUCUGGCCCUCAUCAGGCUGUCCAAGCCUGCACUUCCUGCAGACAAUGUCCAUACGAUACACCUGCCAGUGGCCGGCUGCUCCAUCGCAGGAGGGAUGCUGUGUAAGAUGUACGGCUGGGGGGAAACCAAAGGUACUGGCUACGAUGACGUCCUGAAGGCGGUGGAUCUACCAAUCGUCAGCAAUGAAAGGUGUAUAGAGAUGCACAGGGGGAACCUUCGCAUCACCAACAGCAAAAUAUGCGCAGGCGGUCGCAGGAACGAAGGCGUCUGUGAGAGGGAUUACGGCGGCCCCCUCAUCUGUCAGGACGGCCACACUAAGGUCAUCGUGGGAAUAAGCGUCCACGGCCGAGGCUGCGCUCGAGCCAACCAGCCUGGCAUCUUCAUAAACGUGCCCUUUUACACACAAUGGAUCCACAAGGUCUUCAAAUAUUACCCCAACCCAGAGGUCAUUUAGUGCCUCAUCCUCCAAGACUGAAUGAAAGCAGGAGGCUCUUAUCUGGAGGCGCCAGCGACGGACGAUCCUCCUGUCAAAGCCUGAGGAUCAGCAAAAGGCUGAUUCCAUCAUAAGCUCUUAAUGGAAACCAAAUCGUGUAUAAUUAGAACAGAUCUUUAACAGAUACCGCCGUGACAACCGGUGGUGUUAAUGAAGGACGGCUUGGAUUGGAAGCAGCUAAUUCCACCGACCGGAGCCCAGGCAGCUUUGAGUCGGACCCAUACUUCAAAGUAGACCAGCUGGGAAGCGAUGUGUGCUCGUGUUUGAUCCUGAUUCCUGACGUUACUUGAAUGUUUUGAACACCAAAGCGCCGAGGUCAAGCAGCGCCCUCUGUGGAGAGCGUUUAGUGGCCAAAGUGGAGGGCCAUUCGUAGUACUGUAAAUAGUAUAUUAAUGAGUGUGUUUGUGACACUCUAAAGUCAUUUGGGUCUUAUAGAUCUGUAAAAGAGUGAAUGUUGUGGUGGACAUAUCACCUGCAGCAUCAUUUGCUGUGUGUGUAAAUGGGCCCUUUGUAUAGAUCCCUUGUGUAGCACGUCAGCUUGUACAGAUAUAUAUAUAUAUAUAUAUAUAUAUAUAUAUAUAUAUAUAUAUAUAUAUAUAUAUAUAUAUAUAUAUGUAUAAUGUUUAUUUACAGUGAGCAGGAGGCUCUGAAAACCUGUGUCCCCCCGUGCUCAAACACACUUUGGCUGACCUCCACUUCUCAUCUCUGUAAGCGGCCGUCACACUUAACUUUAUCAUGAAAAAGGUGGUCGAUUUAACUGCGGCGUUGAAAAUGGAUGCCUCGCGCUGAUGACUGAGGGGCCCAGGGGACGGCCUUAACACACAUCUUUAACCAUUUAAAAUGAUUGAGAUGCCUUUUCAUUGGAAAUAUAUUAGGUUUGUAUGUGCGCGAGAAUGUGUGUGUGUGUGUGUCUGAAAGAGACGAUGGAAGCUGCUUCACUCAACAGUCUGUACAGUAUUUUUUUUUUAAAUUUUCAUUAACUCUGCAUUUCAAAUAUCCAAUAA